CAUGCGAAGGUAAGACGGCGAUUGCAAUUUUCAGUUUCCCUAAUCAUGGCGUGACCGGCCUUUGUCCCAUGCCAGAUGCAGCUGGAUCGAAAUUUCUCAUUUUGGCACGGACGUUUGUCCGACCGUAUUAUGCUACAACGUUUGGUGAGGGGGUCAAGAGUCACGGGUAUGGUAGGAAAAAUUGAAGGAAUGUGGUGCAGUUUAAAAAUCAACUCCAAACCCCCAACGAAGAAGAAGAUAUAGAAAUGUUCAUGCGGAGACAGGUGAGUGGACCCGUCAGCACCGCUCGGUUCCUAGGAAUUCACGCCCACCCUGCCAUCUCCUCCCUGUCCGUGUUCUUCUGCCUGCCUGUGUUUUCUUUGCUACUUCCGGGGAUUUUUGGAUGAUGUGGGUGUGGAAGUAGCAAUCCUGGGGGAGAGCGCAGUGGUGGUUGGUCAGUUAUCCUCGUCGAUAUUCAAUGAGCAUUACAAUCAAUAAAAAUGUUUGUAAAUGGUAAUAUAUGAGACUACUCUGUUCGGCGUGUUCGCUUCUAGUGAGUGCUAUAACGGCAAUUAAAAUGCUUGUGAGUGAGAAUUUUCGAUGUCAGUGCGCCAUUCUCUCUUUACACACUCUUCAAUUGUGAUGAUUGGGCAAUGCAGAAAGAUGCUUCCAUUGACUCCUCUCUCAUCCUUGAAACUAACUCUCACCCUUCUCCCACCCUUUUCCUCUCUCUCACACUCUUUCUUAUGUUACUACUUCUUCCUGUUGUCAUUUUCCCCUUGAAUUCAUGCCAAUAUAUAGCCUUUUCCCCUGCACAAUGUCAGUGGCUUCACCAAGUUCCAAUCUUCUCUCUUCCUCCCUCAUCUGUGAAGAGAACAAUCAGUACUUUGCUGUCAGAGAACUGCCAGGAACUAUAUCAGCAAUAGCCUUCCUCUGCAGCCAUGGCAAAUAAUUGUGUCUGGGGCAUGCUGUUUUGCGUGCUGCUGCUUUCGGUCUUUACCGAAUGCGCUCCCGAAGGGUCUCUGGUCACUCAUUUGCCUGGUUUUAACGGCAGUUUUCCUUCUAAACACUAUUCGGGAUACGUGGAGGUAGAUGGGAAGAAUCUAUUCUACUAUCUGGUAGUGUCGGAAAGGAGCCCGCCGCAAGACCCAGUUGUCCUGUGGCUCAACGGUGGACCUGGUUGCUCCAGCUUUGACGGUUUCAUUUAUGAACAUGGCCCUUUCAACUUUGAAGUAGGAAAGUCUGAAAAGGCCCUUCCAAAAUUGCAUCUAAAUGGAUAUAGCUGGUCCAAGGUAUCAAAUAUUAUUUACCUCGAGUCGCCUUGUGGAGUUGGCCUAUCUUACUCUUCAGACACUGGCAAGUAUGUUACAGGAGACCUAGACACUGCCUCUACCACACAUGCUUUCCUUCUGAAGUGGUUCAAGCUGUUCCCGGAGUUCAUCAACAAUCCUUUCUACAUCGCUGGAGAGUCCUAUGCUGGGAUCUAUGUGCCAACUCUUGCAGCUGAAUUGGCAAAAGGAACUAAGAGAGGAGUGAAGCCAAUCAAUUUCAAGGGUUACAUGGUGGGGAACGGGGUCACGGAUGAGAAAUUUGAUGGCACCGCACUGGUACCAUUUGCUCAUGGAAUGGCACUGAUAUCGGAUGAUAUCUUUAAUGAAGUAUAUAAUAGCUGUGGUGUACUCUACUACAAUAACAAUAGUGAAACCUGUUAUGCUAGCCUCGAAAAAGUAAGCCAGGCAAUUGCAGGUCUAAACAUUUAUGACAUCCUCGAGCCUUGCUACCAUUACCCGGGUUCUGCAAAGAAAGAGGAUGCAAAUGAAAGCACAUCCUUGCCCUUAAGCUUCCAGAUGUUGGGAGGUACUGAGAGGCCGCUCGCUGUGCGUAAAAGGAUGUUUGGCCGUGCUUGGCCUCUUUGGGCGACUGUUAAGGACGGCCCUGUUCCUUUGUGGCCCCAGUUGGCUGAGAAGUACCAUGUUGCUUGUAUUAAUGACGACGUUGCAACUACAUGGCUUAACAAUGCAGAAGUCCGAGAAGCAAUCCAUGCCGCCCCAGUGAAUGUUUCUGGUCCUUGGGAGCUAUGCACCAGAAAAAUCUCGUAUAACCAUGAUGCCGGCAGUAUGAUUCCUUACCACAAGAACUUGACUUCUCUGAAUUACCGAGUCCUCAUCUAUAGCGGGGACCAUGACAUGUGCGUUCCAUACACUGGAAGCGAAGCAUGGACUCGAUCACUCGGGUAUAAGACCUCGAGCGCAUGGAGGUCCUGGUGGUCUAAUAACCAAGUAGCUGGGUAUCUACAAGAAUAUGACAACAAGCUCACCUUCCUUACGAUCAAAGGAGCUGGGCAUACUGUGCCAGAAUACAAGCCAAGCGAAGCACUGGAUUUCUAUACACGCUGGUUGGACAGGAAGCCGAUAUAAGAUUGGCUGAAAGCUUCAUCCUUUUUCAUUUCCAUCGACUGAAACAUCACUUCAAUGACCUAAGUGUACUUUAUAACCAAAAAGAAUUAGUAAUUAUAUGAAGAGCAUUUCCAAAAGUCCAUCUCGUAACUUCUGAUCUAUUCCCUACUUGAACAGAAAAGCAAACGAGAAAAAGGGAUGAAAGGAAUGGUGGGGUGACGUAUGAAUGAGUAGGAAGGAAACCAUUACCGGAGAAGAAGCUUAACAGUAAAGGCUCGAAACUUAACGGUGCCCAGCCAAUGUUGUGCUUCGAUGUAUGUUCAAUACAGCAUGUCAUGGAGAUAUACUGAAACGAUAACAUCAUUCUAACUUGAUCCAGCAACCCAGUACUAAUUCCCGAACAUUGCCCGUGAUUCCACCGCAUAUGCAAGAAUGUUUUCAGAGACAAGUCGAAUAUGAAUACAGAUUUCCAACGUAAAAGCAGAACAUACCAUUUACAAUAUGACAUUGUCGCAAGAGGAGGGUCCUGCACGUUCCACAGACAUGCCAACAUAGGCCGGCCUAGGCCCCAUUGGGAACAAUUUCAACAACUGGAAAGCAAAAGGACAAUGAAAGUGGUCAAGAGAUAUUUUUUUACCCAUGAUCACAUUGAACUCAUAAUUGUGAAGCUAAUAGCUUCCCGCUGAAGCAUCGAACACGCUCAAAUACAUCUCCAAGCAAGUAAUCGGUGCGCAGCAUUUGAGCAUGUUCCCCAGGACUCAUAGACUAGUUGGAUUGGAAAGC